AUGCCUCGGAAACCACGAUUUAGUAUGAGGCCUCUAUCUACACCAAGAAAUGUCCCUAGUGUUUCUGCAGGGACUAAUACUGUAAGUGGAGCAGCACAUAGUGCUCCUAUUUUGACCUCAGGUCCAUCCAAUUUAGGCAACGGAUUACACCAUUCUCUUGGUGAGGAUGUUGGGAAUUUGCAACCACCAAGUCCUUCGGUGCAAGCUACCGUACCAUCCCAACCACAAGAACCUGCCAGUGAAUCCCAACCGUCAGCUUCUAAGAAAAAAAACCCAACCUACUGGAUUGUGAAUGUCAUAGAUGAUCAAGGAGUAACGCGGGAGAGGCGAGUGCGAGUUCAAGAUGUAUUUGUGCUUCCUGACAACCAUAGAAUUAUGCUGGAGUGGAAUAACAGAGGCCAACCAAUUGGAAAUUCUGGUGGUCUGUAUGGUUAUUUUUCAGGUGCAGUUGCAGCUGAUUGUAAAACUUUGCCAAUCAAUUAUAAAAAAUGGCCUACGGUUCCAGAUUAUCACAAGACUCUGGGUAAGUUUGAUGUCAGCAUUAAUGAGCAUGAAAAAUGGAUCAUGAUGGAUGUUGGAAAGAAAUGGAAAGAUAACCGAGCAAGGUUGUGGGGCAUGUUUCAAAGGAGUGGCUUGACCUUUGAACAAGGUGUUGAGCGUUGCCCAAAUGGUAUUCCAAGAGAACAGUGGGCUUCUUUUUUGCAAUACAAAAUGGAUGACGAAACAAAGAAAAUUGCUGAAAAGAAUAUUGCAAAUAGGGGUAAACAAUCAAUCCCACAUACUUUAGGAACGAAAUCAAUUGCUAGAAGAAGAAGAGAAAUGGAAAUUCAAUUGGGUCACCCUAUCACUAGAGCACAAAUGUACGCUGAAUCACACAAAAAGAAGGAUGGUACACUUGUCAAUGAAGAGGCUAGACACAAAAAUGAACAAUUAUUAGCUGCUCAAAAUGAUGGAAGGACUGCGGAAGAAGCUUAUGUCCAUGUUUUCGGGAAAGAGCAUCCAGGACGUGUACGGGGAAUGGGAUUUGGUGUCUGUCCUUCCCAAGUUCUUGGUUCCAGUUUUGUUGGUUCUAGCUCAACAGCCUCACCAAAUGAAAUUAAGGAGUUGAAAUCUGAAAUUGAAUCACUAAAGGAAACAGUUGCAAACUUGGUUCGAAGCUUUGGAGGCCAAAUGCCGUCUAAUCUUGCACCUAAUGAACCUCAUCAGACUCCAAAUUUGGAAUCCCCCAUCGGUAAUAGAAGGUCUUCAUCAGCCAGCUAUGACCCAAAUAUUCACAGACCAUCCACACAUGGACAAAAUGAAGGAUUAGUAACUCCACUUGAUGAUGACCUUUUCAUGGAUGACAUUUGA